UCUCUCUGGCUAACUCAGUCCGCCAUUUGUGAACGAAUAUCACAAAUCAGAAAUCUCUUUCGGGUUCAUUCCGUUGAUUUUAGCACAUUGCGGUGGCCGUUCAUGUUUUGUAAUAUUAUAAAGUUGAACUCGUUCUUAUUCUAAAUAUACUACGCUUCAUAAGAAUAAUAAACGAUGUUCAAUACGAACAGCAGUUGAUUAUUAUGACAAGGUGAACACAGACCCAGUAAAAACAAUUUCUAUUAUAGUGCCUACGUACUUCCUACAAUGAUUAAUCUUUUGGGGCAAGGUUCUUCAAUAUUUUAUGUAAAUUAGUAUGUAUUGGUGUACAGUGACGUAUCGUGCAUUGAGUGGUGUCAUUACGUGCAAGAACGUACAGGGAGAUUACUUGUAAAGUUGUGGAGACUUGAAGGGCCGUUAUCUAGAAUUCAUAAAAUUGUUUGGCAUCGCGAAGGUAGUCGUUUUGCGUUGGUGUCUGAUGGAAAUUGGUGACAGAGUUUGUUAGCAUUGUGUAGUCAUGGGACCUAAGCCUCCACCGCCGCCUGGGCCGCCGCCGCCCCCGGGGCCGCCACCUCCGCCUAUUUUCGGCGGCAGCUCGAAGGGUGGCGGUGCUGAUGACAGGAGCGCCUUGUUGAGUUCAAUAAGGCAGGGUGCUAAGUUGAAAAAGACACAUACUGUGGACAAGAGUGGGCCGUAUAUACCUGGGAAAGUGUCAAAUGUGUCUGGUGGUGGAUCACCGAGUGGGGGCAGUGCGAGGAGUGCAGCGCCCCUGCAGAAUGGCGGCGGAGGUGGAGCGCCGCCAGGCCUGGGCGGCCUCUUCGCGGGAGGCAUGCCCAAACUGAGGCCUACUGGCAAACUGGCAGGCUCAACACCAAAUGGACAAGUCAAAUCCGACGCACCGCGGUACCCACCACCGCAGCCGCACCAACCGCCACCACAAAAGUCUUCCCCAGAGAAAACCCGGCCGGCAAUGCCUCCCGCCCCAGGGAGCAAUGUGGGGGCACUAUCAGCCGCACUGUCAGAGGCUCUAGCAGGCAGAGACAGAGAGACGAGGGAGUAUUCUAGAGAAGUAACAAGAGAAGUACCGAGAGAUCCACCCCAGAGACCAGCGGUGAGGAGACAGCCGAGUGAUAUAAGGACAAGAGGACCCCCACCUCAACCGCCUGUGCAGAAACCGGCGAUGCCUUUAAGUUCGUCAGACUCAGUGCUAACAACGAACUCAAUCCUGGACCGCAUCAGCAACCUUCAGCAGCAGACUUCGGAACAGGCCAUCAAUCCUCAUGUCGCCACUACGCUGCAUAGAAACAAGAGCUCCUUGCAUGCUGCGGGGCAAGGGAACUUGGGUGGUAGCAUGACAUCCCUUUCCUCCGCCUCCCCGUCACCCGCGCCCGCGUCUUCCCUCUCCACCUCAGACCUGUGCGACCGGCCGGCCCGCGUCAGCCACGGCAAGCCCAACCUAGCGCCGAAGCCCCCGCAGUUGGCCCCAGGCAGUACCAACGAUACUAGGCCUUCGCCCCCGCCUAAGAAGCUGAUAACUAACGGCAAGGUUGCUGGAAGGACUCAGAGUAUGAGGGUGCCUAGAUCGCCACCAGCGUCCCCGUCGUCGCCGCAGACGGGCGGCGGGCGACCGUUCAACCUGCCGCCCGUGCCUUUAAACCCGCCUAUUGGUACUAAGAACCCGGCUUCACACUUCGGAACGUUACGAGCACCACGCGGGCUCCGCCCCCCGGGCGUGUGCCCCCCUCCCCCGCCGGGCGCUCCGCCCCCACCCCCCGGAGCGCCGCCCCCGCCCCCCGCGCGGCACCUGCAGCAGCCGCCGCCGCCGCCUCCGCCACACCACAGACAAUCUAGUAUAAACGGCGACGAGGGCAUAGCUCCCAUGCCCCCAGUCCGCGGGUCCUCCAUGAGGUCCUUAGACCUGGAGGCUCGGUUCGCGGACCUGUUCCAGCAUCCCUCGCAGUUCCCCGCGCCCGAUCCCUUCUUACGCAUCGCUAAGGGAUACAGUAGUGCCACCGUCGCCGUGAGCAAGGCGCAGGCGCCGCCGCCGCCGCUGUCCGUCCCGCUGGAGGGCUGGAGCGGCACCUCCUCCGCCUGCUAGCGAGCCCGGGGGGCGCCCGCCCCCCCGACACCCGCCGCCCCGCAGCCCGCCCCCGCCCCGGCCCCCGCGCCCCACCCGCCGCCGGCGCGCUCGGGCAGCACGGCGCACCUGGUGCCGGCCGCCGCGCCCGCGCACGCGCUGCUGUCCGUCGCGCACGCGCUGCUGUGCCCCGCCAACGCGCUCGCCGCCACGCUGCUGCCCGCCGCCGUCACGCAGCCCACCACUGGAACCGACAUACUGCCCAUCGAGGAGCCUAUGAUGCCCACCGAUGACGUCAGCGACCUCAAGGACGUGUUCGACGCCAUCAACAGACUGUGCGAGACCAUGAGGACUUCUACCUACGACGAAGUAGCGGACGACUCGCCGGGAGACGAUAACGUCGACGAAUUCGUUGAAACUAUAAACAGUAACGUAAGUAUAAGUAGUGUAGCUGAAUCUGUAAGCGUAGUUGAGUUUGAGGCGCCCGUCGCACAAGUUAUAGAGUGCGAUGCAGAGCUGAUAAGCCCCACAGAAGUAUCGAUAAGGACCAUAGAGGCGUAUAGAGCGGAACGUUGGAGCGACGCGCUUGUGUCGCCCCCUACUGAUGAAACUGAUACGUUCCCGUCAGACACGGAACCGGCUAACCCGACCUGCGAGCCGGUUAGUGAAAUGUACUAUACGGCGUCUUCCGAAGUCUCGCUACUAUCUGACUUAGAACUGCCCGAAAGACCGCCAGUAGAUGAGGAAGCGACUGAAGUCAAAGAUAAAGAGGAAAGAAAGGAAUGCGUUAUAGCCGGGCAUGUUGCCGCGAUGCGAGAGAGGUUCGAGUCUAUGACGCGAACUAACACGCCGUGCCCCGACCUCGCUCGCUCUACGUCGCCGUCUCUCGACGUGUUUCGGAACAUUACGCCUUCUCCCGACUUGCUAGGUUAGGGAUUAUAGCAGUUGCUGGACAUCUGUUAACACUUGGGUGAAGGAUAGGCAAGUUUAAGGUACUUUACACCAAGUAAGGCUGGUAAUCCUGAUGGCUAUAAACCGUUUAUGGGUCUACAGCUUCCUUGACCAUUGGCAGGGUACAUACUUCAGGAAGGUAGGUUAACUUCCUCAACUAAGCGCCAUUAAAUUUAGAUUUACUAUGUGACUGGAUAAAAUUAGUAAUUUGUAACCUCUUAAUAUUAAAGUAAAUCAGUAUUCGUUUCGUAUUCGAUCGUUGCUAGUCCACUCGUAAUAAAACACGAAUUGUAAUAGACCGAGCGUGCCAAACGGUGUGUUCACACUUAGUUGAAGGGUUGUGAUUUAUUUUCCUUAGCCUCGACAGUCGCAAUUAUAAUGAACAGUUACAUAUCGACAAAGAUUGGUUGUUUAGCUCUAGUUGUAGCGUUACGUAAGGGCAAUUUAUAAUAAAGUAGGAGCUCAAUAUUAGCGGGCUAGUGGGCCGCUAGUGUAAUCGUAACUUUCGAAGUAUUCACGCUAUCUAAAUCGGUUACAGCCGUGACCUCGGGAAGCUCAAAUUUUGUAGUUUUUGUAACUAAAUCGUCGUAAACUUGCAGUGAAUUGUACACUUGUAUUUCGUCAGACCAAGUAGCCAAUAAUGCUUAGCUUAGACGUUACAAAACAGAUAAUUAAUUAUACAGCGGUACAGUAAUCAAUGCCACUUACAAUUAUUACUGUUUUUGAGGUGUUUGCAUUUUAAAUUGAGUUUUUUAAAUGUUGCCAUAAAUAGAUGUUAAGUAUUUGUUGUGAAAUUAUUUUAAAAAUAGCAUCAUUUGUUUAUUUUAAAUUGAUUAAUGUUGUGAAUUAUUUACUAAAAUAUUUAAUUGGGUUGAACGAAUCGUUUAAUGGUGAUACUAGUUAAAUGCAAUAAUUGUAUUAUUACUUUAUAUGAUUAAGCCUGUUGUAAUUCAUGUAUUUUUAGGAUACGGUAUUAAUAUUUCUUCUAAUAACAAGUUAGCGAAUAGUUGUCAUGUAUAAAUGUGUUAUGUGUACAGACGAGACCUUUUAUUAUAUAAUUCAAUAUACAGCUUUAUUCAUAUC